CUCUUCCCCCAGUCCCCUCCCCUAAAAUGAGUUUUCUUUUUUCUUUGGGAUGUGUCUUUCUCGCUCACCCACUCGGAGGGGGGUGUUAGUGAAAUUCCAUUCCACCGAAAGACGAAACAACAGCCAUCAGAGGUACGCAGUCCAGAAAGCUCCAAACAUUUGGAUGAAGUUGUGUGCAUAGACAAUCGGAUGCAUUGACUUUAUUCCUCAAACUGUCAGAGCUAAACACUUUUCGUCUGGUGAAGGAACCAUCUCCUCAUACUUUCAAACUUUUGUGGGGAUAAAGAGUUGAAGAUGCAGACAUCGAGGGUUCCUCUGUGUGCAGUCCUGCUCGCCCUGUGCUGGAUUGUGACAUUUCUGAUUAACGUGGAAUUAGUUGAUACAGCAAAAUCCAACACGAGGAGCAGAGACGUUCAGACCAGGAAAAACAGCAGCGUGCAAUCAAAAAGAGACGAAUUGCAGGAAACACCUUCAGAAGAUAUUCAAUUGGAUGAAGCGGUGGUUGAAAAAGAAAAACCAAAGAGUAGAAAGAGUCCUGAAGAGGUGUUAGCUGCCAAGGCAAAGAAAGCAGCCGAGAAAGAAGCCAAAGCCAAGAAACCCAAACCGACGAAGAAACCAAAGCCACCAAAACCAACAAAGAAACCCAGACCUCCAAAACCAACAAAGAAACCCAAGGCACCAAAGCCCACUAGGAAACCAAACACACAGAAGACCACCACGACACCAACCAGAAGGCCAGCAGUGAAGGAAGAAGAGAAGUUGCCCUUAGAGUUGGAUUGGGACACGUUAUCUCCAACAGAAUCAUCAAAGACUGAAAUAAAGAAACCAGACCAAGAUGAAGUUACAGAACCCGACCUCAUUCCUGAAGACAAAAAGCCCACGGGAAACACAGACGACCCCCGUAUAUACUUACCCAUCCCAGAGGAAACCAGCAAUGCCCCUCCGGCAGUUACCGCCUGGUAUGAAGAAUACGAUUAUGCUGACCUGGCCACAAAGAAACUAGAGGAAGAAAUGGAGAGAGAAAGAAAAGCCAAAGAAGAGAAAGCCGAAAAACUUCGGAAAUUGUUGGAAGAGGAGGAGGAGGAGGAGAAGAGAAAGCAGACGCUUCCUCCCGCCGAGCCAAAGAAAUGUCCUCCUCUUGGUCUGGAGUCUCACCGUGUGGAGGACGAUCAGAUAUUGGCAUCUUCAAUGUCUCAUCAUGGAUUUUCAGCACUGAGAGGACGUCUGAACAUGCAGAGUUCACCAGAUGAGGAGGAUGUGUACGGUGGAGCGUGGUGUGCCGACACAGAAGAGAAGGAGCAUUGGUUUCAGCUGGACGCCCGGCGUGAGGUGGAGUUCACCGGAGUCAUCACGCAGGGCAGAAACUCAGAAUCGCACAACGACUUUGUUUCGUCAUUUUUCGUGGCCUUCAGCAACGACAGCCGUGAUUGGACGGUGCUUCACGACGGUUAUGCUGAAUGGCUCUUUUAUGGGAACGUGGAUAAGGACACGCCAGUGAUGACGGAGUUCUCGUAUCCCGUGGUGGCCCGGCACAUCCGUGUCUUGCCGCAGAGUUGGAAUGGCAGCUUGUGUAUGAGGCUGGAGGUGCUUGGAUGCCCGUUACCCACUAGUUAUCCGACCGAGAACGACGUUCAGCCCACCGAGGACCUAGAUUACAGACAUCACAACUACAAAGAGAUGAGACAGAUGAUGAAGGUGAUAAAUGAAGAAUGUCCAAACAUCACCAGAAUAUACAACAUUGGUAAAAGCUCGCAGGGGUUGAAGAUGUACGCCAUGGAGAUUUCAGAUAACCCUGGAGAACAUGAAAAAGGUGAGCCGGAAUUUCGUUACACCGCAGGGCUUCAUGGGAAUGAAGUUCUGGGCCGAGAACUUCUGCUUCUCCUGAUGCAGUUCAUGUGUAAAGAGUACAACGACGACAACCCACGAAUCCGCCGCCUCGUGGAUGGAGUUCGCAUUCAUCUAGUGCCGUCACUCAACCCUGAUGCCUACGAGCUCGCAUACGAGAUGGGCUCUGAGAUGGGAAAUUGGGCUUUGGGUCAUUGGACAGAGGAAGGCUACGACAUUUUCCAGAACUUCCCAGAUCUGAACAGCAUUCUGUGGGGUGCGGAAGACAGGGGAUGGGUUCCACGGAUCGUUCCAAAUCAUCACAUUGCCAUUCCCGAGAAUUUCCUCAACGGUUCUGUGGCUGUUGAAACCAAAGCCAUCAUCGCGUGGAUGGAGAGGACGCCGUUUGUUCUGGGGGCUAAUCUGCAGGGCGGAGAAAAGAUUGUCGUCUACCCCUUUGACAUGCAACGUCCGACCCGGGCCGACGACAGAGGAAACCAGCCGGUUCUGCAAUAUCACCAGAUGAAUGAAGAGACGUGGGCCAGGAUCCAGCGACAGAACGAGGGCGCCCUGCGCGAGACCGCCGACGAAAACCUGUUCCGCUGGCUGGCCAUGACCUACGCUCACAGUCACCUCACCAUGACGGAGAACCACCGCGGUUCCUGUCACACAGAUGACAUCACAGGCGGCCAGGGCAUCAUCAACCGUGCCAGCUGGAAGCCUGUCGUUGGAGGCAUGAACGACUUCAGCUAUCUGCACACUAACUGUUUCGAGAUCUCCAUCUUUCUGGGCUGUGAUAAAUUCCCUCAUGAGAGUGAACUGGCAAUGGAGUGGGAGAACAACCGAGAGGCUCUGCUGGCUUUCAUUGAGCAGGUGCAUCGUGGUAUUAAAGGGGUUGUGAGGGACGUGGACGGGAAUCUUCUAGCAAAUGCCACAAUCUCGGUGGAGGGCAUCAAACAUGACAUGAAAACCGCUCCCACUGGUGAUUACUGGCGACUUCUAAACCCCGGCGAGUAUCGUGUUACGGCGAGGGCAGACGGGUACUCAUCGCAGACUCGUCUUUGUGUUGUGGGCUAUGACGCCACUGCAACACCCUGUAGCUUCACUCUGACUAAAUCUAACUGGGCUCGGAUCCAACAGAUCAUGUCUCAGAGUGGAAAGAAACCGAGGUUGGCCACCAACAGCAAGGGAAGCCCAAACAGCCGCGUCGGUGUUGAGAGUACAAGGAGCACUGCGGCCCCCCAAAACGAGCGUCUGCGCCGCCUGCGUCUGAUGCGUCUGCGCAGGCUGCGACUGGAGAGGAUGAAGGGCAGUAUGACCACAGUUGCCACCACAACGACCACCACCCGUCCGCCCACUACAACAAUGUCAACAACAACUGAGGCCACGACCUCGUGGUAUGAUUCGUGGUUUGGAAAGGACAGUGUAACCACUGAAGACUAUACCUUUGAAUACAGAAUCGAUGAUUAUUAGAAGUGAAGUAAUAAGUGCAAUAUUGACCUUUAUGUUCAUUAUCUAGUAUUUUAAAUUGGUAAGAUUUAAGAAUAUCAGAUUACAGAACAUUUCUCUGUGGAACAGAGUAUGAAGACAGGAAAAUAUCGUUUUUAUUUAAUUCAAGGUAUCUUGUGUGAAUGCUCAUCAGAAUGAGAUUAAAAGAUGGAAUCAUUUCCCAUUGAGCUGUCAUCACAUUACUGGCUUGUGUACACCACUAUUAUAAUGUACACAUUUUUGUAAUAAAAUGUCUAAAUCGAA